AUGGGUUGCAAUACUGAGCGGCUGUAUUCAGUGGUGUGUCAAGAAAUCUGCGGUCGCUAUGGGAAGCAGUAUGGCUGGGACGUGAAGUCACUGGUGAUGGGGAAGACAGUGUUAGAAGCUUCCCAGGUCAUCAUGGACGACCUGCAGCUCCCCAUGUGCAAGGAGGAGCUGGUGGAGGAGUGCCAUGGGAAGUUACAGGCACUGUUCCCCACCGCUGAGCUCAUGCCAGGUGUGGAGAGGCUCAUCCACCACUUGCGGAAGCACGAAGUCCCCUUCGCCGUGGCCACCAGCUCGGGGCGUGCGCCCUUCGAGAUGAAGACCAACCGACACAAGAAGUUCUUCAGCUUGUUCAGCCACAUCGUGCUGGGGGACGAUCCCAAGGGGAAGAGCGGGAAGCCGCCCCCCGACAUCUUCUUGGCCUGUGCCAGGCGUUUCUCUCACCUGCUGCCCUUGGAGCAGGCGAUGUCUCAUCUUGAAGACACUCCCAAUGGGGUGGAGGCUGCCCUGGCAGCGGGGAUGCAGGUUGUCAUGGUUCCUGAUGAAAACCUGAGCCUCGACUUGAUCACCACGGCCACCGUGGUGCUGCAUUCCCUCUAGGACCUGCAGCCCGAGUUGUUUGGCCUGCCUACCUUCGAAUGA